GCGCGGGGCCGGGAUGUGUCUCCUGCUGGGGGCCGCGGGCGUGGGGAAGACGCUGCUGCUGAAGCGCCUGCGGAAGCUGAGCUCCCCGGACGGGCAGGGCGACCUGGGCGACCCGCCCCCGACGCGGCCCACGGUGGGCACCGACCUCACCGACAUCGCGGCCCCGAGGAAGAUCACCGUCCGGGAGCUGGGGGGCUGCAUGGGCCCCAUCUGGCCCAGUUACUAUGGCAACUGCCACCGUCUCCUGUUCAUGGUGGACGCGUCGAACCCCGCCCAGCUCUCGGCAUCCUGCGCACAGCUUCUGGGCCUCCUCGCCGCGGAGCAGCUUGCAGGCGCUUCAGUACUGAUACUCUUCAAUAAGACCGACCUGCCCUGUUACAUGACCGUCGAGGAGAUGAAGUCGCUGCUCCGGCUUCCAGACAUCAUAGCUCACGCCACGCAGAACAUCAGCACAGCGGAAAUUAGCGCCCGGGAAGGCACGGGCUUGGCAGGGGUGCUGCGCUGGCUGCAGGGCCCCGGUAGGACCCAGACCUGACUCUGCGGGGGCAGGCCUGGCUGACCUGCUCUGUGGAUGGCACUUCCAGCCUCCAGCAGUUCUCACUAGCCCAGAAGGAUCUGGUGUGAGCCGUGGAAGCCAUGUGUCCGCAUUGUUGCCAUGAGGGGUGCACUGAGGCGAACAGUGACAAACUGACAGCCGCUGUCGUCCUGGGCUUCGGAGAGGACAGGCCUGCUGGGUGUCCUGCGGCUGCCUGGGUGUACUCCCUUCACCGAGCAACCUGCUCACUGCUCCCCAGGGCCGUGGGCGCACGGCUCCCGGCCCCCGUGACUCCUGCGUGGCUGCAGCCAGCUGCAUGUCUGGCACCAAUAGCCCAGCCCUGUCGGGCUGAGGAGGGAUUGGAGAACCACGCCUGAACUCAGAAGGAAAAGCCUAGAGGGUGUGGGGUUCCUGCGGCAGACAAGGGUGGUCCCAGGGCACAGGAGGGGCUUGCGGCUCCCCCCUUGGGGAGAGCUCUUUCGCGCUCUGCGGCAGCGCCGCUGUCCGCCCAGCUAGUGACACCUUCCCCUGCUGCACGAGAGCAGCCACAGCGGUCACCUGCGGUUGUCUAGGUCCAGGCUUUUAUGUGCUGUGCGUUUUCACCUUUGGCAGUAAACAGCAGCUGGUGAGCAGAGCAUGUCCCUGAGUCAUGACUGCCGGCCAGCAGCGCCCGUGUGCGCCCUGGGUCUGAGUUGGGGGACUGUGGGGACAUUGGUGGUUUCUCAGUUGUGCAGGCGACACCUGGGUGCAUGUAGGACCCGAAGCUGGGGUGCAUCUUGGUGCUGACCCGCCAUGGACCUGAUGCCCUG